GCGAACGACUCCAUCAGUCAGUCAGCGUUUUCUUCGUCCUCCAUCUUCCUACCGAUAGCCUCGUCUUGCGGCAUUGUCUCUUUUUUUCCCUCACCCUUCUAUUCUUCAGCAAGCUGUGACUCCAUCGCUCUGUGCGUCGCCGACAUCUCCUGCCCUCUACAACAACCUCACCGAAGAGGGCUGCUGCAUCGAGCAGGCACACACACACACACACACACCUGUCUCUUAUACACAUCUAGAUGUGUAUAAGAGACAGGAGAGAGAGAGAGAGAGAGAGAGAGAGAGAGAGAGAGAGAGAGAGAGAGAGAGAGAGAGAUGCUCGCCGUGAGAAGCUCGGCAAAAGUAGGUGGCGCGCAGCUUGAUUGCUGGCGGGGGGUUGAAUCGGAGCGGAAAUGUCGUUGGGAGGAGCGGGAGAUCGGGAAUCGCCACCAUUUGGGAAAGGGGCAGCCACGCGAACCUUUACCUGAUCCGAGCAUCUGCCACGUGGCAGCGUCCUGGGCCUGCUGGCACCGGCCGCGAUCCCGGUGGUCUUGUGAGACAAUGGGCCUAGUUGCACCACUUGCUGUCCGGCAACAUUUUGAAUGCAUCGGGGCAAAUUCCAUGGUCGGAUUCAUUCAUAAUGCUGGCAAAUGGCGAGUGGUACAACUGGAGUCGAUGGCUGCAGCGGCAUUAUCACCCCGAGAGAAACUGAUGCUGCCACCCUCUGCUCUGCGCUGCAAACACUGCAGCUGUCCUCUGCUUAGGAAGAGAGAGAGAGAGGGUGGAGAGGAGAGAUGUGGGGAGAGAGGGAGGGUAGUGAAAGGAGGCGGAGGAGGGGGAUUGGGACGCCUGCAUGCAAGUCGGAUUGAGGAGAGGGCAGAGGGCGCUGCCACGUGGCAGGGGCCUCGAAAGGAUCAGGGUACUCUGAGGACGAUCUCCGAGUCGAUACGAGGAAUAGGGGGAAGAGUGGUGAGGGCAAGAUCGGGACAGGGUGGUCUGAGGCUGUUGUUAUCGAGCCACGUGACGUGUCAUGAUGGCGGGAAGAGAGGAGGAUGGUCGGGAUCCCACGGAGACGCCGUCUGGAAAUCCUUCUCACUAACCAAGGCGGAUUUUAAUCGUGUGGUUGAUUACGGAUUGCUGACGUGGCAGGUGCGGAGGUGUGACACGUCAGCCAAGUGGGUGGCAGAAGCAUCCCCCUCUGGCUGGUCCUGGUGGCGCCAAAAUCGUCGAGCGGAUGGCGGGAAAAAAAAGGAGGAGGAUAAGAAACGCGCGGAAACCGACAAAGAAGUGGUGAUGAGGCGAAAAGUGAAAGUGACACGUGUAGAGAACCCAGGAGAAAUGGUGGUGGAAGGCACAGAGGUUAGGUUCAAACUUAACACUUCGUUAGACGAUAUCAAGGUCAAAUGGCUCAAGGAGCGCACAGUGACAGUCGUUUUUAGAGACGAAGCAAGAUUCCUGCUGAGAAGGGUCAAAGACGAUCUGGUGAGGGCCUUUGAAGACGGGUGGAUAAUUGGGAACGGAGAUUUACCGCAGAACGAACGGAGAGGGAGAAUUAAGAUCGAAGGUCCCGGGGUGGCGUCCUACGUGGCAAAAGCCAAGGACGUCGACGAGUUCAUGAUAGCGGAGCAAUUAGUCGAAGUGACCCUAGGGGACACGACCUAUAAGAUUCUGUUCAAACCAUGGAUGACCCGAGUAGAGUUUAGGAAUCUGAGGAAACAGGAGGAGGAUGGCGUUUUUUGGGUGAUGGCACUUCAAAUUCCACUAGACGAUAUGCCAUUUAUUUACGCGCAAAUUGAAAAAGCAAUAGGGAAGAUUAUCCUCGCACACCCGACAAACGCAGAUCCUAGGGGACCAGCCUUAGUCAAUGCUCGAUUCGAUCUCGUUCCAGAAGCCCGUCCAAAUAUGAAGGAUGUCCUCUGGAUCGAGACGGCAAAGGGAGACACAUUGGAAAUCAAGCUGGCGUCAUCUGGCACAAUCAAGUGCAGAACAUGCAAGCAAUUCUUCCACUCGGAACAAGAGUGCCGAAGGAACGAAGGACAACAUGCAGGUGGACCCGGAUCAAGCUGCCAACCACAACAGCAGCAUCAGCGGCAAGCCACACCGUUGAACAGUGGUGGACAAAAUCCUAGGUAUCAAGGACCGUUAGGCCCCAGACCAAUAAUUCCAGCUCCGUCCGGAGCUGCAAGCCACAGAGGGAUGAUACGGAUGAAUCCGACCUUCUCACCUCAAGGCAAUGGAAGAAACAUUCAAGGAAUGCAGCAGCAAGCAGGGGGAAGGUCGAUGCUUGGUGAUAUGGGAGGCGGCGGCCCGUUCCAAGGCCAGAUGGGAGUGGGGAUGGCAGGAGGCUUCCCCCAGGGCCCGGGACAAAACGGAGGGCAGGGGAUCUACGGAGUGCCUAUCCAUCAGGGUGGACAGUUGGGGGCAUGGCAGGGAGGAGGGGUAUCAACGGAAUGGCUGUUAGCUAAUGGCAUUCACCCGGCCUUGUGGGCGGGGUUGUUGAACGCGCACGGAGGAACUCCACUGAGAAGCCAAGGGGGCGGUACUACGACCCAACAAGGUCAAGUGCCAUUCGGCAUGCAGGAAGGAAGACAAGGGUAUCCGGAAACAGAACAGCCAAUUGGGGGAAGACCUAGCGAAGCAACAGGCGGGGACCGAGCAGGUCCAAGCAUGGGACCGGACCAGAGCAGGAACAAGUCCCGAGGAGCAGGCAAACAAAGGAGACUUAGUACGACCCUUCAGCCGGAGAUUACACCAGAACCGUCGAGAGGAUCGAGACUCUCAAGAAGUGGCUCGGAAAAGUCUGUUGGGCAGGACUUCGGAAUGGCGACACCGGGAAAAAGACAACGAGGGAUCGGAGCUGGGAAUAGAAUCAAGUUCUACACCUCGCUGGUGGAUGCAAGGAUAACGGAGCAGAAGCUAAUGGAACUCGAACCACUAGGCCUGAGGCUAAUCCCCAUGAGUCAAUUUAUGGAAGCGAAGAAGCAAGAGUUGGCGAAAUUCAUGAUCUCGCCGAUCAUGAUAACAGCAGAUGCUAUAGCGGAACUGAAGUCGAGGCUACCGAAGGACAAGAAGCUUGGCUCCAGCUUCCUCAAGACAACACUCACGCAAAGCUGGCCGGAAACGAAGUUGGAUAACGAGAAGUUGGCAAUGCUGGGAAGGUGGUGGGAAGGGCCGCAGAUCUGGUCUGCGGCAAAAGACACCAAAGGAGGAGUUGGGAUACUGAUCCACAGGGAUUUGGGAAUGCAGAUCUUGGAUUACUACGCGGACCUUUGGGGCCGCUGGGCUUGGGUCGUUCUGCAAGAAGAAGAGCACAAUGUCAUCUGGGCAAUUGCGUCGGUAUAUGCCCCAGUGAGAAGGAAAGAAAGAAUCUCCAUUUUUGAGGAGCUGCGGGUAGCCCUCCGGACGUGGACGACAUCAUCAUUGGCGGGGAUUGGAACACGGGAUUUGCACCCUACUGAGAUGGGCUACACAUGGUUUUCACACAGGGGGAAGGGGAGAAGAUUGGACUACCUGCUGGUCGGAGGGAACCUCAAGAACCAAUUGAUCAACAUCGAAGAAACCAUCAACCCGGUCUCAGAUCACAAACCGGUAACAGGACAGUUUAACAUUGGGACAGAACAGCUGAAGGGGAGAGGAUACUUCAAGCUAAACACGCUGAACUUGCAGUCAGAGGGGCUGAGUCAAUGGACUCAGGGUUUCUGGGAGCGCUGGCAAAAACAAAAAGACCAUUUUGCGACGCUAGCGGAUUGGUGGGAGGCAGGAUCUAGGAUUCUGUCCAAACUGUUGGAUGUUUUCUCAAGAAUACUGGCCUUAAAUAGGAAUAGGGAGGAGAGGAGGUGCUGGAAACAAGUUCAGAUAGCAGAAGAAAACAUGAAGAGGCAUCCUAUCUCAGAGCUGACGUGGGGAAAAGAAAGAGCCCGAAGACUGGCAAUCUGGGACGAGAAGCAGCAGGAGAAAUCGGAGCUAUGGGCGGAGAGACUCAAAGUGAAGGGGCUGGAGGUAUACGACAGAAUGACCAGAGAAACGUUCCAAAGGUUGAGCCCGGCAAGAACUGCCACGACAUUGAAGGAACUCAGACACCCAUUCGACCCAGAGGAACCAACAACAGCAGACCCCAAGGCACUGUGCAGAUAUGCAGCACUUUACUUCCAAGACAUCCUGACGUCAAGGAGGCAGGAGGAAGGAGGGGACACAGACUUAGCAACAGACUCGGACCAUUGGAAUAACACAACUGUUCGGUUGACAACGCAAGGGAGGUUAGAUCUGGACCGUCCGAUAGCGAAGGAGGAGGCGGAACAAGCGCUGAAGGCAAUGGCAAAUGGGAAGACCCCAGGGAACGACGGCCUCCCGGUAGAAUUCUACCGCAAGCAUCGGAACCAUCUAGGGGAGGAUCUAGUCGCAAUCUACAAUGAGGUACAAAUGGGCGGUAGACUUCCAAACAGUGCGUGCAGAGGAAUAAUCUCGAUUCUGUUCAAGAAGGGAGAUACAAGCGACAUCCGUAACUGGAGGCCAAUUUUGCUGCUAAACGUGUCGUACAAAAUAUUGGCCAAAGUGUUAGCUAGGAGACUGGGCAUGUACUUACCUGACCUUGUGGAAGAUGACCAGGCGGCAUUUGUCAGAGGUCGAUACAUCUAUGAGAACAUCGUCACAACGGUGGAAGUCCUAGAAGUGGUUAGUCAGGAGGAUCUAGAUGUCACGGUGUUGUUGCUAGAUAUGGAGAAGGCGUACGACCGGGUCAACUGGUUAAGGAAGGGCCGGCAUCUUAAUGUCCAGCAGAGAAGACUGUCUGCCCAAGCUCCUUGAUGGUUCUGGAUUGCAUUUUGUCUGGAAUAUAAUUGUGGGCGCAAUCCUGUGACCAGUGGCAAAUCUUGUUGUUGCAAUCCUGCGACCGGGAGCAAAAGGAGGCAGGAAGUUUCAUUUAUCAUCAAAUCAAAUGCCGGUGAGCAUGUGAAGGCUGAGGCUAGACAAGCCAUUGAAGAUAUCACAGAAUGAACAAGAAUCGACCUGGUUUGCGACUUGGAUUCAUGCCAAACAUGCAGAUUGUGAAAGAUCCUGUAGGGUGUUGAACCUUGGUCUCUAUUUUGAAAUACUUAUCUCCUUCAAUGAAACCCCAAUAGGAGU